AUGGAUGAUUUGAACUAUUUUAACGGAAAUUACGAAAAGUUUGAGAUGAGAAUUGAUAGAGUGCUGGCAGACUUACCGGCAAGAUCUGAAAUUUUGUUCUUCAAAGCAUCAGGAUACUACUUUUGUCACUUAUGUGCCAUUCCUGGAGAGAGUGUAGAAGUCAAUUCCAAAUCAACAACUGCUAUUAGAUAUCCAUUACGAAGAGUGAUUCCAAGCAAUCAAAGGAUUGUUCACUGUUUUCGUGAUAUUGAUUUUUGGAACAUCGUAAAAGGUGAAAAUCUUGAAACACAAUAUGGAAUGACAUCAUCUGAGUACUCUCCCAUUUUGAAACAGAAUUGGAAUCCUACACCAACAGAUAUGGGAUCAUAUGAUUCAAUGCAUUGUCUAUACGAAGGAAUUUUGCGUGACAUGAUGUCAUUAAUUCAAAUACCUUGUUGGGAGAAGUUCGACAAAUUAUAUCUCCAACAAAAAUUUCCAUCAUUCUUACAUAGACAUCCACGAUCUAUCACUAAAAAUCUAGGUCAUCUCAAAGCUAUAGAGGUAUAUAUGAUAGUACAUUAUUAUCUAGACUUGUUCUACGAAAUUGAAGGUUUUGAGGAAAUAUCAAAACAUGUCAGCAUGUUGAAAAGAUUUGUCAACGUUUUAGACAAAUUACAUGAUUGUUUUCGCACCGCAGAUUUACCAGUUAUCAUUAAUGAAUUGUGGCAAGUGUUGGAAGAAUAUCAACAGGAAGCAGGAAUUGCUAAAACCACCCAAAAUUUCCAUAUAGCUUCUGAGUUGGGUAAUAGUGCCGAAUUAUUUGGUCCGUUAGUCCAUAAUUCAGCUUUUUUGGGAGAAAUUCUUAACUUCACCUUAACCAAAGCAUUCAUAUCCUCCAACUCGGCAAGAUACGCCAUAAUGUUCUUUGAUAUGGCACAAUUAUGUGACAUUUAUGAAUUGAGCACACUAAGACAAUCAGAGUGUGUUUGUGGCAAUUAUGUACUGAAGACUAAUACUGAUGUUGUUGCCCAAACUGAUGACUCUACUGAGUCUGAGCCCAAAACUUCUUUCUUCAAAAUCAAAAAAUCAACUCAAAACAGUUUGGAGUUAGAGAACUUGGAUGAUCACUCUCUUAAGUAUGUGCCACACAAGAAUAAGCUUGUCCCCUGUGUUUCGGUAUACUCUCCGAAACAUAAUCAGACUUUCCACAUUCCAAUGCACAAGAAUGUCAAUCAAUAUAUUUAA